AUGUCGACCAUCACCAGAACGCUCGGCUACCUGCGCCGAAUCGGCCUCAAGGCAUGCUCUCACCCUUGCACUCUUGCACUCUUUUGUCCGACCACUGGUCUUGGCCAACCCGCUAACCCUCGUUCUUUCCUAGGAAUACUGGCACCAACUCAACGUGACACCAAGGCUGGCACCUUGAUUGGCGUCGACAAGUUCGGGAACAAGUUCUACGAAAACAUGGAGGAGGAAUUGCCGCUACGGACGAGAUGGGUCGACUACAAGAAGCACGAUUACGAUGCCGCGCAAAUCGAGCCCCUGUGGCAUCUCUGGAUCUCGUACGGUAUCGAUACACCGCCUAACCAGGACCCAAUCGCCCAGACCAACCGCACGUGGGCCUCUAGCAAGCACAUCCCCAACUACACUGCGACUCGUGGCGCCUACAAGCCAUACAACACCACGAAGCCAAAGAUCUCUGCUUGGAUUCCGGAGGUAGCACCGAGGCAAUAG